AUGGAGAUGAUUAGGCAGCUGAAGAAAAUUGGUAAUGAAGAUCCAAGGAGAGUUGUCCACUCCAUUAAAGUGGGAUUAUCCCUCACCUUAGUGUCCUUACUAUACUACUUCCGGCCUCUAUACGACGGCUUCGGACAGGCCGGAAUGUGGGCAAUCUUGACUGUCGUCGUCGUAUCUGAAUUCACAGUCGGUGGAACGCUAUCGAGAAGUUUAAACCGCAGCGUAGCAACUCUGGUAGCCGGCGGGCUAGGCGUUGGAGUCGAGUACUUUUCCGGCCUUUUUGGGGAGAAAGGAGAGCCUGUUGUUCUUGGCCUUUUAGUAUUCACUCUUGCUGCAGGAUCCACAUUUGUGAGAUUUUUCCCCAAAGUGAAAGGAAGAUAUGACUAUGGAGUGCUGAUAUUCAUACUGACAUUUAGCCUCGUCGCGGUGUCGGGAGUUCGAGUUUCGGAAAUCUUGAAGCUGGCUCAUCAGAGGUUGUCCACUAUUCUGAUAGGAGGGGUGACUUGCAUUCUGGUUUCUUUAUGUAUUUGCCCUGUUUGGGCUGGCCAGGAUUUGCAUAAUCUUACUGCAUCGAACAUUGGAAACCUUGCUCUUUUCUUUCAGGGUUUGGCAGAUGAAUUUGAUGAUAACAGUGGUGUUUCAACUAAGGAAGGUGACAAGAAGAUCAAUUCAUAUCUGCAGAGCCCUACAAGUGUGUUGAACUCAAAAGCAACUGAGGAGUCAUUGGCAAACUUUGCAUGGUGGGAGCCAUGUCAUGGUGAGUUCAAGUUCAACCAUCCAUGGCAGCAAUACUUGAAGGUUGGUUGUGCCACCAGGGAUUGUGCUUACAAGAUCCAAGCCCUCUGCGUCUGCAUAAACAAUUUUAAUACUAUAAUAAUAAACUAUAAAUCUUCUUCACAGGGAGCUUCAAGUUCAUCAUCAUCAUCAUCAGAUAAGUUUGCUCCAUUGUUCGUGAAGAUCAGCCGCGAAGUCAGCAGUUUUCUGAAAGAAUUAGCUGCUGCCAUGAAAGACAUGAGAGUCCCAAACCCAAUAAACUCUUCUUCUUCUUCUUCGAUGAAGAAUUUGAGUACAGCAGCAGCUGAUGAGGUCCGAGCUAUAUAUCUUAUGUUGUCUGAAAAAGUGGGAGUUGAGGAAAUCUUGCCAUUACUCGUCAUUUCAUCGUUGCUGCUCGACAUCAUUAACAGCCUCGACAAAGUUGCUCUUCUUGUCCGCCAACUUUCUCUCAAAGGAGGCUUUCGAAAACCAAAUCUACCUCAGAAAUUGCAAUCUAAUUGUGAUCAUGUUGUGGUAGAAAUUCAUUCAUUAGAGGCUGCAAGAAACACCACCACCCAGUCCCAGACCCAGUGAUGUAUAAAGUUAAUUAUCUAUUUAAUAGCCUAAUCCAAUCUAAUUUUGAUCGUUUGAUUCAUUCUUUUGGGUCAUGGGCCUUCAUGUCAUUUUACACUCAUAUCGCUUUAACGUAUUCUUUUAGACUAGAUCAGAUAAUAUAAUAUUGAAACACAAUUGUUGAGCAUAGUUCAUGUGCUGAAUUUAAUAUCAGGAGUGGAUCAUAUGUUGAUGUGUACGUAAAUGAAUUCAGCAUUCAUGGGAAAUGGGACAAAAGUAUCAUUCAAGCUAUAUAUACAUUCAAGUGAAUUCUGAAAUCAACCAUCUCUCAGUAGACAGACAGAAUGCUAAACAAAAAAACCGAAUAUAUUGUGACCCAUACAGCAUUUUAA